AGGCGGAGGGGUGACGCCGGAUUGGUGCGCGGUGCGGCUGGGCUUGGCGUCCGCCUUUGGGAGUGCGCAUGUGUGGCACGCGAGGCGGGGUGACGCCGGGUUGUCGGUGCGCGGUGCAGCUGGGCUCGGCAGGGCGGUGAUGGCGUACUCACUGACCUCAGGAGUGCUCAUUGCAUUUGGCGCCAUUUUCUUAACAACAGUUGGAGUUGUUGUUGGCCGUUACGUAUUGUCCAAAAAAAAGAAACCUAAGGUUACGUUGCAAGAUCCCAAUGAGAAGUACCCUCUGCGACUAAUAGAUAAAGAGAUUGUGAGUCAUGACACUAGGAAGUUUCGCUUUGCCCUUCCUUCAGCGAGUCACAUUCUUGGUUUGCCUGUGGGAAAACAUGUGUACCUUUCUGCCAGAAUUGAUGGAAGCCUUGUUGUGCGACCAUAUACUCCAGUUACCAGUGAUGAUGAAAAGGGUUAUGUUGAUGUUGUUGUGAAGAUAUAUUUUAAAGGAGUACAUCCUAAAUUCCCUGAAGGUGGAAAAAUGUCUCAGUACUUGGAAGAUCUGAAGACUGGGGAUACUAUCAAUUUCAGAGGCCCAGGUGGAUUACUCAUUUAUAAUGGAAAAGGCAAAUUUGGCAUCCAGCCGGACAAGAAAUCACCCCCUGAAGACAAGUUUGCAAGAAAACUUGGCAUGAUUGCAGGUGGAUCUGGUAUUACUCCAAUGCUGCAGUUAAUACGUGCUAUCAUGAAGGAUCGUGAAGACCCAACUAUGUGCUACUUGCUCUUUGCAAAUCAAACCGAAAAAGACAUUCUGCUACGUGAUGAUUUGGAGGAACUUCAAGCUCUGUAUCCAGAUCGCUUUAGGCUGUGGUAUACUGUGGAUAAGGCUCCUGAAGGCUGGGAUUAUAGUGAAGGUUUUGUGAAUUCUGAUAUGAUUAAAGAACACCUUCCAGCACCUGCUGAUGACGUAUUGAUUCUCAUGUGUGGCCCACCUCCCAUGAUUCAAUUUGCAUGCAACCCCAACUUAGACAAACUUGGAUAUUCACAAGGAAUGCGUUUUACAUACUAAGUGCCAACAUUCGCAUUUUGUUUGGUAAAGGGGAAAGUAAAAAUAGAAAUUGCACUUCAGCCUGUGUGGCAUUUGUCAAAUAGCAAUUAAACAUGAGCUUUUUUUAAUGCAGGUUACAUGAAAUGCUAAUAUUCAUGGCAAUGUAUUUCUACAUAUUCAGCUACAAAAUAUGGUGUGAUUUGUUAAUCUGUUUGAAAUCUGUUUAAUAUGCAAGUCAGUGUUCGAACUUGUUCUCAUUGUACUAAAAAAAUUUUGAAUGUAUAACACUCAGUAAAAAUCUGUCCCAGUCUUUAAAAAGAAAUAUCAGGACAGUGGCAUGUGGGUAGAUGCAUUACUUUCUUGAAAUUGUUUUUUUUUAAAUUUGUACUUAUUGGUGUCUACCAUUACUGUUAACGCCAAAGAAUGUAUGAGCUUCACCACCCAAUGUUAUGACCUAUUUAAGGUAUGCAAUGAAACUUUAAUCCUUUUAUUUUUCUGCUCAUGCAAGUUUUUUGGGUCCGAUAGUUCAAGAGAAUGAAUGCCUCCUGGUUUAAGAUUGAGCAAAAGGGCUCUGGCCUCUAACAUUGAGCACAACCAGUUUGCUCAAAAAUAAUCUUGGAAAACCAAAGAUUUCUGGGUGAAUUAAGGGGAUACUGUUUAUGUUUAAUAUGGAAAUUUAGCAGGGAUUAUAAUGUAAGUACUAAACAGAAUAUUGUUGGCAAUGCUGAAUGGCUGUGGUACAAUAGUGGCAAAUGGUUUCAUCUUUAAUCUUUGCGUUUAGCAGGCUUGGCAUUAGGUCUUUAAUAUUUCAUGGUUUUGCUGCCUAAUGUCUGUUUAACCAGUACUUUCAGUGACCGCAUAGUACUCCAUUUAGAAUACAUGUGCCUUAAGUGACUGUCUUGUUAUUUACUUAAAUUUUGGUCUAUUACUUGAAAGUCCACAGUUUUGAUCUGAUCUAGUUUACACCCGUUGUAAGGUUCAGUUUUUAAAUGUGUAACUAUAAACUUGGUUGUCUGUUCUAACUGACAGCAGCAGAGUCUGUUUAAAAUGAAAUUUGCUUACGAAUUGUAUUUUAAACUGUAUUAGCAAGACAAGCUAUACAUCAGUCAUUAUUGAGGUCUAUGAAUAAUAAAAUUUGUUCUAAAGAUUCUUGCAGUAAAUUGUGCUGAUCACUGAUUUUGAUUUUGAAAUGUGUGAUAUUAAAUAAAAUUCUUUCAUU